CUCCUUCUACCAUCACAGUGCACUGGCACCAGUCACCAGAGCCAAGCCACGUCCUCGUACGUCCCCAGGCUCGGGCGACUUUGUGUGCUCGGUGUGCCAUAAGAUAUUCCCUCUGCAGCGUAUGUUAACCCGGCACCUCAAGUGUCACAGCCUGCUGAAGAGGCACCCGUGUCGAUACUGUGGCAAAGGAUUCAACGACACCUUCGACCUCAAAAGGCACAUGCGAACACACACAGGUAUCCGUCCCUACAAGUGUGAGUUGUGCGAGAAAGCCUUCACCCAGCGUUGCUCUCUGGAGUCGCACAAGAGGAAGAUUCACGGCGUUCACCAACAGUACGCCUACCGCCAGAGACGCUCCAAGAUCUUUGUGUGCGAAGACUGCGGUUUCACCUCUGGCCGCCCUGAUGAAUAUUUCCUCCACGUGAGACAGUGUCACCCCGGCAGCCCUGCCCUCCGCAGGUACUACCGCCGCCAGGCCCACGACAGCAGCAGCGGCGGCGGUGGUGGCAGUGGUGGCUUUGCAUCAGCGGACUGUAAACUCAAUCCUUAUUUGCUGUACUCAAACCCUGCUUACUUUAUGUAAGUUUUUUGUAUUACAGCGGUUCCACAAGCAGCUUAUCACCAAAGUCAUCAGUUUCCAACCAAAGUCAUCAGUUUCCAACAGGCCACACAUGUAUGUGACCUAUACCCUUUGUUUCAGUCUUAGAUUUGCUGUAUGUAUAGCCACUUUAUCAACGUGUUACACUUUCUUGUUACAA